GUGCGUCGGACUGUCCGCCGGAAGUGAUGUAGGUUGGACUAACUCCCGGGGACGCUCUUGAGCAUUGAGUAAUGUUUGCGAGUUGGGGCUGGUGCUUAAAAAAGCAAGCUGCUCAGCGAGUUCACUGCUCUUCACGGACCUAAACUAACGUCGUGCACGCUCACUGUAGAGAUAUGUAGAACAAUACGCACUCCUAUUUAAAGUUGUUGUUUUUUUUCAUUCUGGUUCUAGAUGGGCGUGGUGAUAUGUCCUUGCAUUCGGCUCUAAUUGGAAGCACUGCACUCGGGAUUAUGUCAUCUGUGGUGUUUUUUAGAGCGACUGGAAUGAGCAUGUAUCUUGAAGAAUAAUGAAGGCGACCAGUCAGUCAGUUUCAAGUAUAGGAAGCAGUUUAUAAUAGCCAAACGUGAUGGAUAAUCGACUGAAGAGGAAGCUGACGUUCUUCACCAUUGGGCUCAUAUUUCUUCUUAGCGGUGUGGAAUAUGCUGUAAUAUUGCCCACAAUAUGGAUGUACUUGCAGACUUUGGAUGCAGCACCUUACUUUCUGGGCUUGGCCCUGUCUGCAUUCAGCUUGACUGGCCUCCUGUCGGGACCGCUGUUUGGCCACUGGUCCGACAGAACACGGACCACCAAGAAAAUCAUUUUGUUUGCCAACUUUUUUGAGUUAAUUGGUAACUUGAUGUACUUUAUGGGCUAUUCCAAAUGGCUGUUACUGUCAAGCAGACUGGUGGCAGGCAUAGGCACAGGUGCUGGCUCAUCUAUCUUUGGCGUCCUGACCAGAAGCACUGCCCCCAAGGACCGCGCCACUGUGUUUGCUAGUGUCAUGGCAUGUCGACAAGCUGGCCUUCUGAUUGGUCCAGCAUGUAACGUCUUCCUGAGGCUGUGUGAUUUCCACCUGGGUCCUUUCGUGGUCAAUAAAUAUACAGCGCCAGGGUUGUUCAUGUGCCUGCUGUGGACUCUCCUUCAACUGGCGGUGAUCUUCAUGUACUGGGACCUACCGCCUCUAGAGAACAGGGAGGACACGCAGAGUUCAACAGGCCAGAGCAUGGAGGAGGAGGACCACGAGCACGAGAGAGUGCUGGUGGAAGAGGACAAUGACGAGGAAAGGCCGCUGAUGGGGUCCCAGGAGGUGGAGGGGUCCUACGGCUCGGUCUUGGAAUCCAAACCACCCAGAUUGGAUGCCUCUGCUGCCUCAAAUACCACGCUAAAUUCUAUCUCUGAAUCUCCCUCGCCCGAGCUACCAGAGUCCCAUGAGUCUUCCUGUUCCUAUAAGGAGUUCAGCAUAUCCCGAGAGUUCCUGAGAGAAGAAGUGGUCGUGCUGCUGGCUGCUCAGUUCAUCACCCUCUUCAAUCAGACAGCGCUGGAGACCAUGGUGACCCCGAUGACCCAGAAGUACUUUGGCUACGGGGAGCUGGAGAACAGCGUGAUGUACUGUCUCUGCGGUGUGGAGGUGAUCGCUGCCUUUCUAUUUGUGUACUGGCUGAGCCAGCGUGUUGCUGAGCGAGUGGUCCUGGCCAUCGGUCUGACCAUCUGCAACGUCUCUGCUGUCUGGUGCCUCAUCUUCCUGGCUAACCCACUAGGUGGCUUCCCAUGGCGGCUGACUGAGUUCAUCAUUGGGGUGUUUCUGCAGGUUUUGGGUUUGCCAUUUGUAGCAGUCGCUCAGGUUUCCCUCUUCUCUAAAGUUACUGCUGUGGAAACACAAGAUGAUGCUGGCUUUCUCAUACGAGCGGCUGGUUGCACCUGUUGCAGUGGACGAGUCGGACGAGUCGGUCAGCUCUGGCUAAUCCACCAGAUGGACUAUGCAAUGAAAGUGGAUGUGGAAGCAUGCAGGGUGAUAACACACACACUGACCGCACACACCUCACCUCCUCCUGAGGGUGUACUUAAAUCUUGGACUUGUCAGCUUUGUGUGCAGAGGCUGAUCAAAGCACUGUUAUGGUGUACAGUAUAUGUUCAUUUCCCAUGGAAAUAUGGAAUAUGGAGUCCAAGCUUUGGAUGAAAGCCGAUUCUGUAAUUUUGUGUUCUGCACAGAGUACCAACUACACUUUGGUGCAUCACACAUUCUGCCAUUAAUAAACAUGCCAAGUGGUUGUGGAUUUAGCUGACCUAUGUCCUUGAGCUGUAGGAGAAUAAAUGAGCUGUUCAGCCUUGGUUCUUGACACCGCAUCUUCUGGAAAAACAAGCAUUCGAAAUAUAAACGAGGCGUUAUUGUCCUCUAAAGUCAAAUGCUCAAAGUUGUAACCAACACUUUACUCUGCUGAUUCGUCACAAGGAUUUUGACCGCGACAAAAAAUCAUGUCAAUCCACUUCUUUACUCUGAUUUAUUCGGUCUACGUCUGAUAUAAUGGUUUUCCCUCGAACACUGGACAUUUGCAAAAACUUGUACGUUUUAUUUUCCUUGCAAGUUGUAUUUAUUCAUUUAAAUGUGGAAUUAUGUGCUUUGUUAAUUAAUACAUUCAGAGUGGCCUCUAUACGAUUGAGGCAUUUUGUUCACUGGGGUGGUCACUGUCUAAAAGCUAACGCUAACACAAAGCAAUUGAAUUAAUGUGGGUUUUAACUGUCUGUCAAUCCGUGGUGAUGAAUGUAUAAGGCAUUUGAAACCUUACAGUAAUAAAAAUUCUCAGGCCAAGACUAAAUACAAUAGCUAUCUGUCAAACCCUAAUUGAAGGAAGUUAUUAAAAUGUCUCAUCUUCCCUGGCACAAAGGCUGUUGAGGGUUAAAUUAAGAUUCCUGCUUUAAAAAAGUACAUAUUUCUAAUUGUUUGAUGCUGAUGUAGUACAUACAUUCAACACUAGUGGGCACUCUUAGUCUUUCUACCGAAGUAUAUCCCCGUCGGUACUGCUGAGCCAAAUGCUUGUAGUGUGAUAUCAGCCGAUCAGAUAACUCCAUAAGGGGCACUAUUACAAAUACACAUUUAAGGGAAAAAACGCUUUUGUAAAAAGUCUUGUAGUUGUUUUAGGUGGCAGGACAGAAAGCACACACCAAUCAAAGCACAGUUUUUUUUAUUUAUUUAUUUUUUCCCCAGAAGGCUUUACAUUAUGUGUUUUACCUCUUGAUCAUUUGUUCAGGUUUUCUAUUCACAAACACCAAAAAUAUGUUAUGUACCAUGACACUAUUUCUUAUUUAUUAGAUCACUUGUGGGCUCCUAACAUGUAGGCAACACAAAUGUUAUUGUAUUACUUGUCUCUAUACAGAAAAGAUGAACUUUCACCAUACUUGGUUGGCUUAUGUUUCGUUAUUGUCUCGACUAACUGUAAACAGGAAAAUACAUUUAAAAAAAUAUAAUGUAAUUCACAAAAAACUAUGUAGGAUUUUAAUAUAUUAAAAGGCUAUAUUUAUAUGUAA